AUGAUUGAUGUUUUUGUAGAUGUUCUUGGCAAACUAGCUGCAGACGGAAUCUACAACAAAGCCAUCGAUCCAGCUAUUGCAUUUUCAACGUUCUAUACCAUAUUAACAGAUCAACAAUUAGUCGGGAACAUCCUUUCUCUUUAUUUCCACAAACACCCCCAGCACCCCACAAAAACAGCCAUUUUCUGUCUUUGUGAAGAACUAUUCGGUGAGAAGGUCGCCACCAACCUAGUUAAAAGCUGGCCUAUAGCGUCUUCUAAGGUCGCGGACCUGGCUGAGCGUCUUCACGCCAGGAUCUGUGUAGGCAAUACACCUAUUUUAAACACAAACACACAGCCAAAUGCACGGCAAGGAGCACUCCUCUGGCGCACUGACGAGUCUCCUACCUUGAGCCAUCUUAAACGGCAGCUUGAUGAAUUGUUAGAAUGUUGUAACAGCCCCAAAGAUGCUGCACAACAGGUCUCCUUUCAAUCAAUCUUGCCAGUAAUCAAAGACAUGGCAGAGACAAUUGCUAGACUAUCCACGGAAUGGCAUGAACAGAGUAGAGCCGCUCUAACGGAAAAAGACGCUCAAAUCAAAGACCUGAAGCAUCGCAUCUGCGAGUUGGAGGCAGGCCUAUCGGACAUGUGCGUUAAGAUAGAAGUCUAUAUGGGACAGAUGGAGGCAUAUUCUCAUGAAAUGGCCGCCAAGAAUGAGCAAAUUCUCAUCCUGCAUCAACAGCUAAAGGAGGUACGGACCGAGUCUAGUGAUCGCGAGCUAAAUGCACUGAAGGAGCUACUGAACGAGAAGGAUUGUCUGAUAACAAACAUUCGCGCAGAUCUAACGGAAUCCACGACCACUGCUGAUCGCCUGGCGCACGAGUGUAUACACCUGAAUCAAAGAAGCGAGGAAUUAUCUCUUUACAAAUCUCUGGUUGCUAAUACAAUAGAUGCCUUGAAAACCCUAUCAGAAAGAGAUGCAGAACUAUCAUACUCACCUCCGGCGGACGAUACCUAUCUGAGGCUUCCGGAAUACGUUGCGUUUGUUAUAGAUGUAAUCCGGACAAAAGCCCACUGGCUUGUGACAGAAGAACCUGGCCAGAGUCUCCCCCUUCCAUCGCAAGAUACAAGCCCGUUGCUUCACUCCGUUCGUGGGGGAUCAGUGGCGCCCUCGGUAGUUGAGUCUACAACAGCGGCAAAUAAUUCUUCUCUAGCACCAGAUAGCAGCCACCUCAACCCACCCUAUUCCUACCGUUCAGCUAGCAAUUCCAGCAGCAGUAUACUAGGAAGAUUGGCAAUGAUUGGAAGAGAUAAGGAUGACGUCAGAUCUCAUCCACGAGGAGCUCAAUAG